GGAUAAACAAAGCAGUCAUCUCCACUCAACGGUACCCGUAAACUGUAAAUCCUCAUUCCUCAACCUCUCUAGUCUCAGCCUCACACCAUUUCGACGAUGCCGACCGCCCUCAAUCUUACUUUGCUUCCUUCUCCAAAUCCUAAAUUUCUAAUCAUGGAGAGGUCGUUCAUCACAUCCCCUGCUUCCGUGAAUCUCUUCGUCAGAGUUGCUUCUUCACUGUCGCGAACUCUGGCAGUCGUGAGAUGCAGCAAUAGUGAGUCGGAGGGAAGAGAAAUCAAUGGUUUCAAGGAGUCUCUGUCUGGUAUGGUGGGCAAGCGAGUAGAGGAGUUGAUGAACAGGGAAGAGAACAAGGGAUUACUGGAAGGGUUGGAGGAGGCGUCGCAGAGAGUAGAGAGGGCACAGAAGGAACUGGCAAAGAUUCAAAUGCAAGAAAAUGAGGCAACGAUGUUGAGAAAUUACGUCGACCAGCUUGAAAACAGAGCUUCCGAGAUUGCAGGAUGUCAGACGGAAAUAUUGGAAGCAAGAACGAUGGUUAAAGAAGCAGAACAUUCUCUGUUGUUAGACACGGAUAGAAUUGGAGAUCAAGAUGUUUCUGUGGAACAAAAAAGGGAGGAAACUGACAAAGAUGAAGAGAGGUGGGAGUCUAUUAAAGCAGCAUUUGUUUCAGCAUUAACUGGCACCCUUGUGGGGCUCCCCAUAUCUCUCACCCAGGUGACCAGCAGUCCUCAGCUGGUACUCCCUUUAGCAGUCACUUUCAUCAGCUGCGCAUUAUUUGGAGUCACCUUUCGCUAUGCAAUAAGGAGAGACUUGGACAAUGUUCAGCUUAAAACAGGGACAUCUGCAGCUUUUGGCUUUGUUAAAGGUCUUGCUACACUGGCUGGAGGACCACCUUUGGAACUGGAUGCUGGAAGCUUCUUGUCACAUGCUUUUGAUGUGAAGGAACUUUGGGAGAGGAUACCACUACCAAGCUCCUUUAUCUGCAACGACUUUUUCCCUCACCAUUGCAAGUUCAUUGAAACCAGGUUGCAAUUGCAAGCAUGACAUGUUCUUGUCAUUUUCUCCGCUUUUUAUGAAAUUAGAUGAACAAGUGUUCAUGUGGUGAAGGAACUUUGGGAGAUCACAAGUUUUUGAAUGCGAAGGCCUCAGUCAAAUGACCCAACUGGGUUUGUAACAAAGCAGGUGCUUGAGAUGGAUGGGUGCAUUUUUCAGUGCUGUGGAAACCAGUGCACGUUACUGGUUAAAGCAAAUUACUACUCUCUUUAUUUAGUGACGGGAUGGUUAGUUGCUGUUUAUGUAUGCACUAAUGAUAAAAUCCCAGAUACGGCCAGAGCAUGAACAACCAUUCGGGAAUGAAAAAUGUCUUAGCUAUACUGAUAAUGAAUUUGUUAUUUGCAGCCCA